AUGGGUGGUGUUUGUUGCAGUUUCCAAGAUGAAUACGAAGAUUUGACUAAUCCUAACAGCUCAGUUUAUAGAAACUGUAUAUGCCUCCGUUGCUUUGUUCAGAACUUCUUGGCUAUGACCACUGUUACGGCGCUGAGGCAGAGGCGACUCCAAAUGCUGCAAACUUCAGUCCAGAUGCGUCUCCUCCAGUCAACCUCUCCGUCCUCGCCUCCUCGGUCCUCCAGGCUCCGCCGCAGCGCCAAUCCAGCAGCUGCAAAAAUCAAAAUACACAGAGAGACUGAGCCACUGAGGGCCCAGAUCUUGAAGUUCGCCUCAGGCCCAGCGAAAAACAGAAUCACAGUUUUGUCAAAUGCUUACAUCUCCCAGAUGAAAGGAUAUAUCACAAAAAGUUUAUACAGUGCAGGAAAUUUUUUGAAAUGUGUAAUUUGA